AUGGGGAAUGAUCAAGCUGAUAAGAAGAAAUUCAGUUGGGUCAUUAAGAAUUUCUCCUCUUUGCAAUCUGAGAAAAUAUACUCUGAUCAGUUCGUGAUUGACGGCUGCAGAUGGCGUCUUUUGGCCUUUCCCAAGGGAAAUGAUACUAAAUCUGAUCAUUUGUCUCUAUAUCUUGACGUUGCUGAGUCUGAAUCAUUGCCUUGUGGAUGGAGAAGACACGCACAGUUUUCCUUUACUAUAGUAAAUCACAUUCCAGAAAAAUGCUCUCAACGUAAAGAAACAAUACACUGGUUUUGUGAGAAAGUAUCAGAUUGGGGCUUCACAAACCUGGUUCCUCUUAUUGAACUCAAGGCCGAAGAUAGUGGAUUUCUGGUGAAGGGCGAACUCAAAAUAGUUGUUGAAAUAGAGGUUCUUGAAGUUAUUGGCCUAUUAAAUGUGUCAGAAUCAGAAAGCAUGGAUGUCAACGGGUUUCAUGUUCUACCUUCCCAAGCGAAAUAUGUGAAGAGUUUGUUUGAAAUACACCCAGACAUUGCAACAAAAUUCCGUAUAAAGAACCAAUAUCUGAAGACAGGAUACAUGAAUGUGUUACUCUGCCUGAUUGAGACUGUGCGCCGGUCACCUAAAGAAAUCUCCAAGAAUGAUUUGGCCGAUGCAUAUGUUGCAUUGGAAUCCUUGACUGAUCAUGGAUUUAAGUUGGAUUGGUUGAAGAAGAAACUUGAUCAAGUGACACAAAAGAAGGAGAAAGAGGCAGCUGGUGAGACUCGGAUGCAUGAAAUUGGGGAAGAGUUGAAGGAUUUGAAGCUGAAGUGUUCAGACCUCGAAGCUCAGUUGGAUAAAGUGAAGUGGAAGUGUUCAGACCUCGAAGCUCAGUUGGUGAAGGAAAAGGCAGAUGUUUUGGCUGCCAUAGCUCCACUCGGGUCGUCUGAUGACGGUGUAUUUGAUGACUUUUUUUGA